ACAUACACAUGAAAUAUAUACUGUCUUUUCCAGCAGGCCAACUUUGUACAGACAUAACUUCCUUGUAACAAAGUUUUUGUCAUUAACAAAGCCACUGUUCUUAGUGCUGCUGUUGCUGUAACAAUACCUCAAAAAACUCUUCAAUUCACCUCUCUCUCUAUUAUGGUUUAUUGCUUCUGACCCAUUUACUAAAAAACCAUAAAGAUCUUAAAUUUAACUGAUUCAGGAAAUGGGUUAUCAAAAAAGGCUUAUGGGUGUGUUUUUAUGGAUGUACUUGAUAAGCUGCUUUAGCUUCAUUGGUGGUGUGAAUGGUAGUAGAAAUGAAAGUGAUUCUUCAGCUGUGAAAGGGGUUGUUGUAAUUCAUGGCAAAUCUUCUAUUGGAAAGAUUGAUAAUGAUUUUGUUUGUGCAACUAUUGACUGGUGGCCACCUCAGAAAUGUGACUAUGGAAAAUGCAGUUGGGGUCAUGCUUCUCUUCUUAAUCUGGACCUCAACAACAAAAUUUUGUUAAAUGCAAUAAGAGCAUUUUCACCCUUGAAAAUUAGAUUGGGUGGUACCUUGCAAGAUAAGGUCAUAUAUGAGACUAAAGAAAAUAGGCAAACUUGUACUCCAUUUGUUUUGAACUCUAAAGUUAUGUUUGGUUUCUCACAUGGAUGCUUACCAAUGAAAAGAUGGGAUGAGCUAAACAGCUUUUUCCAAAAAGCAGGGGUUAAUGUUAUAUUUGGUUUAAAUGCUCUUACUGGAAGAUCUUUCAAAUAUGGUACUGCUGUUGGACCUUGGAACUACGCCAAUGCCGAGUCUUUUAUCCGUUACACUGUUAGAAGGAAUUACACUAUUCAUGGUUGGGAACUUGGUAAUGAAUUGUGUGGAACUGGAGUUGGAACAAGAGUUACUGCUGAUCAAUAUGCUAAUGAUGUAAUUGUUUUAAGAAAGAUAGUUGACGAUGUAUAUAGAAAGGUUGAGCCAAAGCCACUAGUCAUUGCACCUGGUGGCUUCUAUGAUGCAAAUUGGUUUAAGGAAUUUUUAAAUAAAUCAGGUAAAUCUGCAAAUGUGGUCACCCAUCACAUUUAUAACCUUGGACCAGGAGUUGAUGAUCACAUAACCGAAAAAAUUCUCAAUCCAUCCUAUCUUGAUGGAGUGGCUGGCACAUUCAGCAGCCUUAAAAAUGUACUUCAAGGUUCAGCAACCUCAGCUAAAGCCUGGGUUGGUGAAUCAGGAGGGGCGUACAAUAGUGGCCAUCAUCUCGUGUCUGAUGCAUUUGCCGACAGCUUCUGGUAUUUGGAUCAGCUUGGCAUGUCAGCAACUUAUGGCACCGAAUCAUACUGCAGACAGACUUUGAUAGGAGGAAACUAUGGUUUAUUAAAUACCACUACUUUCAUGCCAAAUCCAGAUUAUUAUAGUGCUCUUCUUUGGCAUCGACUUAUGGGAGGACGCGUCCUAUCAACUACCUUCUAUGAAACAAAGAAGAUAAGAACAUAUGCACAUUGUGCAAAGGAAUCCACGGGAAUCACGAUACUGUUUCUCAACUUGGACAACAGCACAACUGUUAAUACUCAAGUGGCCUUAAAUUUUGCUAAGAAACCUGUCUCUCAUGUUGGUAAAUCACUCAGAAGAGAGUAUCAUUUAACAGCAAAGGAUGGGAAUAUACAUAGCCAAACUAUGUUACUAAAUGGAAACAUUCUAAGUGUAAACUCAGAUGGUGCUAUUCCUCAAUUGAAUCCUAUAUAUGUAGACUCUUCAAAGCCAAUAAUAGUUGGUCCUCUCUCUAUUGUAUUUGUUCAUAUACCAGAUGCUGCUGUUUUAGCUUGCAGCUAGCUCAAUGGCACUAAGUGAAACCGAAAAUUGGUUUCCCUUGGUGGUUGAUAAUAAAAUAAAAAAUAGUAGAAAGAAUACAUGAAAAGUACUAUUGUUAGAUUUUUUGGAGGGUCACUAGGAUUUUGAUUGGUUUUGCAUAUUCCCAAUGCAUACUAUUCAGUUCAUUAUGACAAUUGUAAAUUUUGUUAUAAAUUGAAAGUGACAUUCAAUUUCAUGCCAUAUAUGUAGUGAGUCAUUUUCACUCACAUUUAAUGCUUGA